GCGGGGAGACGUUUGCAAGACUUGCCGGGAUUUCUUACCACAAGUUUACCAGUUCUGGGCAUGGUUCCGGGACAACAGAGGAGUGAAAUCCAUUUUUUGGCCAUCUGUCAGGUGUAAACAUAUCUCUCAUUCCCACACACCACCAUGUCCUCGGAAAACACCUUGGAUGAUGAGGAUACCUUUAAAAUCCUGAUCGCUACAGAUGUCCACCUGGGUUACCUUGAGAAAGAUGCCAUCCGUGGAAGUGAUUCUUAUAAUACAUUAGAGGAGAUUCUGAAGUAUGCCAAGUCACAUCAGGUAGAUUUCAUUCUGCUGGGUGGUGAUUUGUUCCAUGAGAAUAAACCAUCCCGGCGCUGCCUUCACUCCUGCAUCACGAAACUUAGACAGUACUGCAUGGGAGACACCCCUAUACAAUUCAACAUCCUCAGUGACCAGACUGUUAACUUCAAUACCACACAGUUUCCCUGGGUUAACUAUCAGGAUGAAAACCUGAACAUCUCUAUCCCUGUGUUCAGCAUUCAUGGUAAUCAUGAUGAUCCAACAGGGGCUGAGGGUUUGUGCGCAUUAGAUCUGCUUAGUGCCUCUGGUCUUGUCAACCACUUUGGUCACUCCCAGUCAGUGGAAAGGAUAGAGAUAAGUCCCAUUCUCAUGCAGAAAGGCAACACCAAACUGGCCUUGUAUGGUCUUGGUUCUAUCCCUGAUGAGCGCCUGUAUAGGAUGUUUGUCAACAACCAGGUGACCAUGCUUCGUCCCAAAGAAGACCAAGAUGAAUGGUUUAAUCUCUUCACAAUCCACCAGAACAGGAGUAAGCAUGGACCCACAAACUACAUUCCUGAACAGUUUCUGGAUGACUUUCUUGACCUGGUGGUGUGGGGUCAUGAGCAUGAGUGUUUGAUAGCACCAUCCAGAAAUGAACAGCAGCUCUUCUAUGUGACACAGCCUGGCAGCUCUGUAGCAACCUCUCUGUCCCCUGGAGAAGCUACCAAGAAGCACAUAGGAUUGCUGAGGGUGAAAGGGCGUAAGAUGAACCUCCAGAAGAUUCCCCUCAAGACUGUACGUCAGUUCCUCAUCCAGGAUGUGGUCUUGACUGAUUACCAAGACCUUUUCACACCCGAAACACCCCAUGUCACAAAGAAGGUGGAGAACUUCUGUUAUGCAAAGGUCACUGAGAUGCUAGAAGAAGCUGAAAGAGAAAGGCUGGGGUGUCCACUCACACCAGAGAAACCUCUGAUUCGUAUCAGAGUGGAUUACAGCGGAGGUUUUGAGACAUUUAGCACUUCUCGCUUCAGUCAGAAGUUUGUAGAUCGUGUCGCCAACCCAAAAGACAUUGUUCACUUUCUUAGACGGCGUGAGCAAAAGGAGGACAUUAAAGAUGAAGUCUCUGUUGAUUAUGGCAAGCUGGUAAAAACCACAGCAGCUGAAGGACUUAGAGUGGAGGACCUAGUCAAAAAAUACUUUGAGGCAGCUGAACAGAAAGUGCAGUUAUCCCUGCUGACUGAACAGGGAAUGGGAAAGGCCAUACAGGAGUUUGUAGACAAAGAUGAGAAAUGUGCCAUAGAAGAACUUAUUACUUAUCAGCUAGAGAAGACACAGCGACACCUCCAGGGAAGAAGUGUAACUACAGAAAAGGACAUAGAUGAUGAGGUCCGGCUAUUCAGAGACUCUAAAAAGAACACCACUGAGGAAGAGAAUGAAAUCAGAGAAGCUAUGAACAGAGCUAAAGCACAGCGGUUGGAGCGUGGUGAACCUGACCAGGACAUAUCUGAUGAACUUGGUGACGUCGUUAUGGACUCCGAUGAAGAGCCAAAUCCAUUGCCUCCUCCAACACGAGGAAGAGGUCGGGGAGCAGGGAGCAGAGGGAGGGGUGGUCGUGGAAGAGGAAGAGGUGCAGCUGCCUCUGAAUCAAAACCAGUUGGUCAUGGACGUUCCCAGAAAACCUCAGCAACAACCCAAAGCAGAAGCAUUAUGCAAGCAUUUCAAGCCCCAUCCCAGAGAUCCUCUCGGACUGGAGCUGCUACGUCCUCCACAGUGGAUGAAAUGAUCAUAGAAGACUCAGAUGAAGAUAUACCAGUUAUGAAAACAACCCGUCCCCCUUCCAAAACACCCUCAUCAUCCUCGUCCUUUGCUAAGGUCAGCAGCCAGAGCCAAAGCCAGAGCCAGUCAUCUAGAGGAAUAACAUUUGAUAGCAGUGAUGAUGAUGACGAGGAUAACCCAUUCAAAGGUGGGAGGAGAAGAAAAUAAAAAUGCCCUUAAAGUUCCAUUUAUCCAUGUUGUUUCACUGCUGUUUUCUGAGUGAACUGGUACUGGAGUGUUUUGAAGGACUUUAAAGUGCUUUUUUUGGUUUCCUCAGCGUUCAGCCUUUCUAAUGUUGACAGUAAAUCUUUAUGACUAGAUUGAAGACUAAAUUUACUGUAUUAUAGAUGAGGGCAAGGUUGGCUUUCAGAUUGAAAACUUUUUGCGUGUUACCUUUUUAACUCCUCACCUUCGAGCUCACUGUUGUUAUUGGUGGAGUGUACCUAAAUCACUGAUGAUCCAUCUCUGGUUUUGUCCUUAGCCUGUAUUGUACACUGAUAUUCAGGAAGUAAUAAAUAAUUUUCGUAUAUAUUCAA